UCAUAUACGAGUAGUUGACCUCCGUACUCGAACCGGAACGCUAACCAGGCCGCUCGUUAAACUAUGCUUCCUACCAAUCGCAGAUAACAGCGAAAACGCAAGUAAUAAAAGAUCCGUACAAUAAUAUUAUAUAUACACGCAGAAAACAAAAUAUCCGUUUAAUAACCUAAAACCGAAAUAAACCGCAAAUAUGAUAAAUCACCACAAUAUAUACUAAUACAAUAAUGGGUGGACUAAUACGACCCCCACUAACCAAAUAAAGUUGGUUAAGUUUAAAGGGAUCCAUUAUCUAUAUCACUGAGUCGUAACUAAACUCGCCUUUUCUCCAUACAGGUAGUUAUGGACGCUGAAAUGUCAAUUACCCCUACGCCAACCAUACGUUCGGCUGUCACUGUGCCGCGCCCUGGGGCUACCCCCGUAGCAGCGCCACGAACAACACCAGCAACAACUGUACCGACAGCUCCACGACGUGCCAUGCGCCCAACGCCUACUGUAGUUUCGGAGCCGCCUCGCCUCCGCUGCCCGCUCUGUUGCCGUUCACACCGGCUGCAGCACUGUCCCAUUUUUAAGGGUAUGACACCCAAUCAACGUCAGCAGGUGGCCCAGGCACAUGGGCACUGUUUGAAUUGUUUGGCCCAGACGCAUGACACGCAGGAAUGCGUGUCUGAUAUCGUGUGCCAAUACUGCGACAGGCCGCAUCAUACCUUGCUGCAUCGAAACCCAAGGCGCCCUGUCGCACGGCCCUCAGUACCCCGCCGCCAUGAUGCAGGCCGUCGUCCACAGCCAAGCCAUGCAGCACGACCCCGUCGACGACAAGCACUCACCGCACCCCGUACUUGGCGUCAGCUCCAUAGCACCUCAACACCACACCAACCCUUAAGGCCGCAGACUCGCCGCAGGACAGGCCUCAGCAACGUCGUGGCAACGCUGCAACAACUCCAGCGACUGCUAGGCUGAACAUUCGCCUAGGGGGGCCGGGAUGGCUAAAUGAGCUCAGCCUCCCGCCCUAAUGCAGUCAACCACACCGCACAACACACCACUCACACGACAACACAACACACCACUUACAGGACAACACUGGCACACCACACCUGGAAACACCCACACACCACGCACCAAAGCAACCUUACUGGAAGCAGCAGCAUACACCCACACACAAUAACUCUACACACCAACAUUAACAAAAGGAGGGAGGGCGAUCGCGCCGACCCUCUUUUCCAUCGAAAGCGCUAAACCGAGAAGUCGCAGUUGAAGUUCCGCCUUUUUUCCACGGUCGUAGAUCCCGAUUAUCUUUUAACAACUUAUAAAGUGAAAUUGUAAUUUUUUGAUUUUGAUUGUUAUAAAUAUUAAUAUCUUUAUAAAUACAUGAUAUUGUAAAUUGCGUAAAACGUUUGCGAUAGAAAUAAAUUGUGUAAUAAUUUUCUAAACUUUUACAAAUACGUGAGCGUUUAGUGGAACGAAAAGGUGAGGAAAAGUUACAAAAGUGAACA